AUGCCAAGGUUGUGGUCGUCUGUACAUACGGUGUUGCCAGAACAUCUGGUGUACUGUGAAGAAUUGGCCGGUGAAAAUCCGGCUUGGUGCUCACGGAUCAAGGGUCCGCAUGCCUCAAUGAGACCCCGGAGGAUGGAUAGUUCCAACCAAAAGUUGGACAUUACACCCACGACCACCAAGCUUGAUGUGAUGUCCAAUAUCGAGUCGCUCCGGUUGCACAUUAACCUACCACUUCUGCGUCUUGUACACCAGUUCAUCACCAUGGUCUACUAUGCACGGGACACACACAAGAUCCUAGAAGCUGGUCGGCCGAAGCAACAUACCACACCGCCUGUUGGAAUGCAGCUAGCACAGAAACCAGAUUCAAAAGCAUCAGUUCCAGUGAGAGCUGUUUACUCGUUAUCAAUGAAUAAACGUCCUCGUAGCAUUUCGACCACACAAAUAUUAGAGUCUGAGACGUAUCCGUAUGGGACAAUCUUUAAUACAUCAUGGCCAUCACGAAGUGUGAGCGCUGUACAAAGCUUGUGGAAGCCAUUGUAUUCGUUCAUCUGCAUCACCCUUUCGGUGCCUAGUUGCCAUCCUAUCCGAAAGAAGCACGAGGACUGGGAUACUGCCAGGCUGCCCAAGUCUGGACAGGGGAAGUCGAGAGGCAGAUAUGGGGUUCGAACCACGGACCUUCCGGCCAGUUCUUCCGAUGGUACGGAGGGAACUUUGCGGUCGAGAUCCUCGGGCUAUGUGCGGUUGGGUGAAGGUUCGGUGGAAAGUGGUGGCCACGGAAACAGCUCCACAGAUGUGCCAAUACCGAUUCAUGCUUUCAUUGAGCCAUUUCCUGAGCAACACUCAAGUGAGGUGGCGUCUAGUUCAAGUGUGGAGAAGGAUUCACAUAAGGGCUAUCCUCUUGUGAGCAGUAUUCCAACAACCACACCCACUAGCUAUCAGCUGGUCAUCUCAGAUAGCAUCGCUAAGCCCACCUUCGUCGGCAUUCGCCCCACUGCAGCCGAAUUGCCCGCUUGUUGGCGCCGGUUGCUCAACUACGUCGACUUGUAUACCACCGUCCCGAAAACAAAAACUGUCAUGCGUAAGCCCCCGUCCACAAUGCCAACGAUCACUGAGGAUGACUCCGACGUUCGGUGGUUACCUGCCGGUCGAUCUAGAGCCGCCUUUGAAGGGAACACGACAAGUUCACAGGAGGCAAGCACACCGCCUGGUGCUGUCACCAUGAAGCCUAUUCUCCUCGGAAGACGGCUUCUUAGCACUGUGAGCUAUCAGCCGCUAAAUGAAGACAUCGAAAUGGGGCACAUCCCUACUUCCACAAUGGCAACGAGACCUUCAGAAGUUUUGCAAAUAAGCACACGACCCGCCGCUCCCCCCUUGUCAACAGACCAAGUAUCCUCAACGGGAGUAAGUCCAGGUUUGUUCACUUCCGAAGAUGGUGCACCAAAACCCACAGCCCCAUCUCCUCUACGCUACACAAAGGAGCCUUUGAUCUCAUCUACUGCCAUGGAGCAGCUCACUCUUCCAUGGGUAUGCAGCGAACGCAUGCCGCUCAAGAUUUUUGUGUCCACGAAGAUCCAGCAAGUGGAUGUUAGUGCAGUUCUGAGCGAAUUGAAUCUGAUCGCCGGUAUUGGUGACGUCCAUGGAUCGAUGACACACUCGACGCGCAUUCGCGGACGAGGGUACUUCGCUGACCAAGUGUCGGAACAGUGCUUCUUGAUUCACUGCGGCGAAGGUCAGCUGCAGUUGCUCGAAAGGUUGGCGUUACAGCAUAUUCAGCAAGUGGUUCGUAUGAAAUCCGGACGGUCGUUUUCCAUGAUUUCCUGUCGUCGAAGUCGUCAGACUGAGCGAAACGCAUGCGUGCUCAGUGUUGGUCACGUUACCAUCACCCUGCCACACCACCCAGUCCGUUUGCACGGAGUAAUGCAACGACAGGCCAAACGCAUCACAUCCCGUGUUAACGAGUUAUUGCGAUCUUCGCCCGCCCCACGUAACCAAUUGCAUCCCAGGAGCAUACCCGAAGUCAGCACUUCCGCUGCGUCACGACCUGUGCCUACGCCCACGACAGGCAGCACUACCACAACCACGGCAAGCGAUGCCGCAUCUCAGCUCCGUGCCAAUCGUCUGUCAACUGCACCCACUGAAGGUCCCACUGCGAUGGCGACCGCAACCGCUGUGGUCAAGCCAUCCAAUCCACCACUUGUGUUCAGUCUAACUGCUGUGGCGCAAGGCUUGACAGUGAAUGUUGCAUUGCACCCGACGUUAGCUGCGGUCUAUAACAUGAAUCCUGUCUAUUUUGUCGGUUUUUUGGGACCUCGCGGUUAUGUGGAUAUCGACCUUUCCGAACACUCAAUUAGCCUCAAAUCUAUGUGUCCACCAGAGAACUUUCCUCAUUCGAUAAAAAUCGCUCUGCCUCGCGUCUCAACCACCGUCAUUCGACGCAAAUCGUCCGGUGGACAGUACUCUCGUGGCGAACGUAAACAACCCAUUUUAACGCGUGGUCUAACCGCUGAGCAAGGAAUGUACGUUCAUGUUCAAGUGAAAAUUGGGGCGUUGGAACAAACACUGACAACAGACCUCCUCAACUACAUUGUUGUUGUAUUCAAGCUCUUCAUGAAGGAAAUCAACGAAGUACUGCAGAAAAUGGCCGGUGAUGAACAACAGCCCGUGGAAUCGAAGUCUCGUUUAUCUGUUUUUCCUCGUGGUCCUUCGACUAAAUCUUCAGGUCCAUCGAACAACUGGCUUUUGAGCAGGGCAGCUCGAGGAAGCGUGAAGUUUACUGUAAGAAUCCGAAUGGAAGAAAUUCAGCCCAUGGCCACAACAAGCAGUGAUGCAAUCAAAUUGGAAGCAAAGGCUAUCGAUUUGGAAUUGACCAACCGCGUUUCCCAAGCUCCACUAGACCCGUGUAUACCAACUCGAAUUCCAACUGACAGUGCGGUUGGUAGUCAGGGGAAAUCCGCAAUCGCUCCGACAAGACCGUCCAAUUUGAAGUUACAAUCGAACACUCAUUCGGCCGACCAGUCUGCUCCACCUAACACCCACUGUUCUAGGGAGUCACUCUUUCUGUACGCCACUGUUGGGAGUGUAUGUGCAGAACUUGGAUAUCUGGAACAAGACGUGUUCUACAACGAGCGAUCUCCGGAAUCCCGAACAGUGGCCUUCUUCAAAACGAACAUUGCGCUGCGUUCUCUGCUGGCGGAUGAGAAACCUUCAGCGCUCACAGCAAGUAACGUAGCGGAUGUGCAAUCCUUGUUGCAUGGUGGCGAGUACGAUGCUUUCCUCAUUUCUCUGAACCGUCCAAUUUUAUGGAUCAAGCCAUUCAGCGUUGACCGCGCACUUCUAAUAUGGAUGGUUUACAAGAAAGAGCUGGCCAAAUGGAAAGGCCACAUCGAUUAUCUGUCGUCUAUGGCGCCUGUUGAUCCAUCAACUGUGUCACAGCGUCCCGGCAAACUUUCACCAACUGGCAUCAGAUCUCCGGGCAAACCUGUGUCUUCCACCUUGGAUUCGAUCCCAGCCACCCCACCUCGUAUUGAUGAGUCGGUUUUCGGUGUGGACGCAGAGUCUCCACCCACACCGAAUCCUGUAGAUCCCAGCCCGGGCACAAGUUCUUCCAAGGUCACACCUGACAAUGUACAGUCUUCGACUCUAUUUCUCCAGUUGAAUGUCACCGAUCUUGGACUUUGUUUGCCCAUCAGUAUUCUGCAAUCGAAUGUACCGUCCAUGGAAGUGGGUUCUCGAACCGCCUUAGUUCUCACCUUGGAUCAAAGCCGUAUCUCGGCCUGCUAUCGCGAUUCCCUGGUCAGUCAAGGCAAAUUCACCGAUUUUUGUCUCCGGUUUGACGAUGACUUCAACGUUUGGUCGGACGAAUGGAAGCCGGAUUGGAAGCGAGCCAGUAUCAAUGUACGGGGGAAGCAGCAUACUCUAAUUUUGAAUGCCUGUGUUGUUCCAAGCGGGACUUUCAAUGUCUGUUGGCGUGAUCUGGAGCGACGUGCUCAAUGGCAUCUGCUCAUCUGUUGGCAAAUGCGUGGUCUGGACUUUCACUUGGAUGAUAAUGUCGGGCGCAGGUUGAAAGCGCUCUUCUCCAUACUCACACGAAUAACGGGCUACGACGGAGCUGCACCACUCCUACCGACUUCAGCAGAGGAGGAAGAAGAGGAUGUCAUCGUGGAUUCAAGUGUUCACCGGGAGCCGGCCGGUUCAAUCGGAGCUGACAAGCCGUCGAUGCACGAUGGCUCUGUAGGCACGCUAGGCAAGGAUGCUGAUGUGGUUACAGGCUCCGACCGAACGCAACGCACUCUGGGUGCUUAUUCAGAUAUUGCUUCCUUGGAUCGGUACCGUCCAGACUCAUUCCGAACGGAAUAUGCCAAUUCCGACCCCCGAUUUCCCGAUUUGUCGCAAGUUCGGAGCAUGGAGUUCCACAAACAUCAACAGGAGUUGCUUGAGGCUCAAUACUGUCAGGCCUUCAAACGACAAAAAUGGAAUACAUUGCGUCGGAAGAAGGUCUCAUCUGGACAACCGCGAAGCCCGUUAUUCGCACAGCCUUCUGCCCCCACCUCUGUCGGUUCUGGAGCCGCUCCACUUCCGAAUGGUGGGUCGCAAACAAACACUUUCUUCACGGGUGAUUCCGACCUUCGAUCUGAUGUGGUUGGCUUUUCCUCCCCCAAUGUGAAUCGUGGAUCGGUGGUAUCCCGAGAUGAAUCUGUGUAUUUCGAUGCAGACACAGACGAAGGAGUCGAGUCCACAUCUGUGACACACACAGAUCAGCCUUCUGUAUACGAAACAGUGACCGGAGAAUUGAGCCACGCAUCUAGUGGGGCUAAUAACCUGCCACCUGAUAAAGCACCCGACCUCUGGUUUGAUCCCAUGGACACUGCUGGCACGACGGAUAGCGUGAUUUUUCCAACCAUUUUCGAUGCGGAGGAUUUUGUGACCGGUGAAGAACAGGCGGAUUACGACUCACCCAGUUCCGAUGAGGCUGAAGAAACAAUCCAACAGUUAGCUGAUGCGGACCGGACAAUGUCACCCAAUCAGGCCCCUCCACCUCCACCUCGCAUGAGGUUUCCAGGACCCCCGGCUCCGUCACACAUCGAUAGAAACUGGGCUUUUCGUAGAGACACUGAUUUGCCACCCAAGGUUCUACUUAAAGUCGAUGUGCAAAUCCACAUUGAUUCUGGCUGUUGUGUGCUGCAUCCCCGACUCCCACAGGACAGUUUGAACAAACUGGACGAAGGAUUUCGCUGUGCAGAAGCCCUUAACUUAUCUCCUCAUGAAACCAGCUUCCAAACACCCGAUACUUCUACUUCUCGGCAGCCGGCGGCGUUCGCAGGCCGGUCACUUGGAUUUUCGAAUAAUGGCCUACUGUCUCAUUAUCUUGAACGAUAUAAGCGCCAUUUGUUACAGGAUCAGCACUACUUAUCGUCGGAUCUGAUCAUCCUCUUCUUACCUGCUCUGGACGUCAAGCUACACUACAAUUCGAUGACUGAAGUGGAUCUAUUAUCAGCAGCGCCCUCGACUUCACUGCGCCCAUCGGGACGGUAUCUGACGAGUCCCGCUCAACCGACUCCAAGCAUUAGUAGGCAAGCAAGCACUCACGAAAACCUAUAUCGUCGAUCGACAGAAAAAGCGCGGGCCAUUGCAACUGAGAGCGACUCGGGAAUUCUCACUUCCCAUGCAGAUACAGUGGACUCUGGCUUGGUUAAGUCCAGUGGUACCGGAACCAGUGGAUUAAAGAAACAAGCCGAUUUGUACGUAUCCUGUUUCCUGCAAAAGCUGCCUAACGAGUUGAUUCUCCAUCCAGCCCUGUUGGACUUUUUGGAACAAGCUUUAGAGAACAUACCGAUCCCAGGAGAGGUGGACAGUGUUACAUCUGAUGAUAGCAAUACAGUCAAUGGAGAACAAAAAGUUUCUGCAUCCUCUUCUGGCUCUGCCAAUGGCCUCAUGUGGGAAACAUUUCCACUUCAUGCUAUUGUACACCUUCAGAUCCAGCCUUUGACUUUACGUCUCCUGUGUGUACCUACUUCACGAAUGCAGUGUCUCAUGAGUUUGCCCCUUCUUGAUGUGGUUUUCUCCACCAAACGAGAUCAAACUGAACAAGUGUCCACGGAUCCAAAUGAUCCAAAGACGUCGAACCAAGCUGGUGUGGCACGACACACAGAACAAGAAACUACGACAUCCCGUCACCAAGCUGCCAGUUCGUCUCCUCGUGGUCCUAUUCAAGUGGCUAUUCAAGCCGACGGAAGCGGAGCCACACUCCGACUGCCAGCCAACCCCUCCCCCGGUGACGUGGUCACUGGAGGAGGUCUUUGUGUAACGGCUAUGUUAAAAGAUUUCCGUAUUACAGUAUUUCAUCCUUAUGUGGACUCCAAAUCGGCACGAUCGGAACCAGUCUGGGGCACUGCUUGGUCUGGAGACUCGUUGACCUUGUUUGUACAAGAUAUACAGCUCAACAUAUCUCGCAUGGUCGAAACAACCUUGGUUCAGUUGACUACUGCUCCGACACGACCUGACGAGGUCCCUGAGCCUACGUCGAGUGAUAUCAGUCGCUCAUCCCCUCCAAACGCAAAUGCCCACCGGUAUACCACUGCAUCUUCGUUUUCGACGUUCCAGUUCUUUGUAUCCGACGCCUGGGGGCUGCAUCGUGACUUCAGAUUUUCAAGUAUCAUCGACAUCGGAGCAGCUGUUUUCACUUGCGAUACACGUCGCACUUUAGAAAUAUUAGAUAUUCCAAAAGCAUGGUUUCGAAGCAGUCUGGCGCGUCGUUUGAUUUUCGGCAAUGAAUGUGCGACAGGGGAAACAUUGAAUCAGUCAGCAGACAUCAGCGAAACGGUGCAGUGCGCGAGAGAUGUUGUAUCGCCAGAUGCCACUAGGACGGUGAGAGGAGGUGGCCCCAGUUCCAAAGAAACAUCAGGUUUGGUAGAAUCGGUCCAACCUGAAGAGGAACGUCCUUCCAUAUGGUCAUUUACCGCAGCACCAAGGUAUUCACAGGACGACUCCUCUGAUCAGCCCGUUUCACCUGCCGGAGAAAGAAGAACACAACGCCCAGAUGAUCAUGCCAAGUGUAAACGCAGAUCUACGUUGCUGAAAACUGCUUGGGCUCCGGGGACCUUGGAUUCAGUACCGCUUCACUUCAUGCCAGGAAUGGUCAAAGCUUCAUCCACUGCUCGCAGGAAGACCGGUGACACUUCUGUGGGGCCAACGGAGUUUGUUUCCGCCGCUGCCACCCUGGCCACAGACCGAGCCCCUGGCGCCAGUCCUGUAGGAAGUCUUAAGGUGGCUUCUUGGCAUGCAUUGCCCAUGUUUUGCGUCAACUUGAAGCGCUUGGAUUUGAGCCUUUUCAUCGGUAGUGCAAUGGGGCAAACCAGACUCGUUAUGGAGAAAAUGUUUUGUGACGGGCGUUUCUCGAUCCAUUCAACGGGUCGCAAGAAUGCCAUGCUCUCUGGAGGUUUGAGCACAUGCCAGUUCACCAGUGAGGGCGGUGGAGUUGGUGGGGAAUUGUGCCUGCUGAAUGCCGAAGCUCGGAUUCGGAGUGAUGACAACCCAACACGUGAUCCUCAGCACAGUUUAGAAUCGCGUAUCGGCGGUUUUCAGCUCCGUAUUGAGUACAUGAAUACUAACAUUCUGCUUAUGCGUGUCAAUGCGCUCAGUUUGAAACUGCAGGACGAGUGGAAAUUGAAGGAUGCUGCCAAAAAGUUUGUUGAAUGCAAACUGGCUACGCUAACUGGCUCUAUUGGGGGGAAUUUCCAAGCCGCUCGUGUUCCAUCUGUGCGUUCUACGUUUCUGGAAGAACAGGUUUCAACGGAACCUGAUGUUGGUGCCCCUCCAGUGUAUAUUCGAGUAGUUGGGGAAGUAAACUGGGACCAAGCACAGACGGCUAUAGUGCGCACUACUACGCCGGAUUUGCUUCGGUCGAUUAGCAAAGUUCGUGAAUAUUUUGAGGAGCAAGUACGCGAAGGACGUUUGUCCCUUAUUGGCCAAAGUGGGACGUUCGAAUUGUUCUCCCAGUUUCCUCGAGGCCCAAGUGCACCCGGACAAGGUCAGUUAGAUCAAGAAGAGAAUGCACUUGUUGACAGGCUUCUACAACGCCACUGGCAGCGCCUGCUCUAUUCAUCUUUGAAAAUCUACAUACGAGAACAAAUCUCUGCGAGCCCCGACUCGAAAUCGGCUGAUCAGGUUCAGAUCUUCAAUCAACUCAUGUCUAGUUUGGAUCAAACGUAUCCAGUUCUGGGUGGAUCAAUGCAAUUGUCCGGACGGUCUCUCGGUUUAGCGUGCUUUGCAGGGAGCUUCCGUUCAGCCCCGGAUUGGGCCAUUUUCAAUAUUCAGUAUCCGACAGCUUGUUUCGAAACAGAAGCACAGCGAGAGCCCCCUGUCCAAGAUGUUUCUCCUACUGACCCGAGUGAACAAGAUGGUUGGGUGAAUGUUCGACAAGUACUCAGUUUUGACUUGGGCUCUCAUCCAGAGUUCCAACCUCAGAUGGCCUACGUGUUACGAGUUCGGCGUGGCAGUCAACCCACAACACGGAACCCUCCGGUUCUAACGAUUUCAGAAUGGAUGGAAUUCACUUUCCAUGGCGCUGAUAAUACAGUUGUCAGUUUUGUUCGAAGUACUGAUCCGAACAGUGUACGUGGUGUUGUGCAACUCUCCCAGUUUCCUGUGCAGUUUCCUCCACCAAUCCCGGCUACUGGACCGCAUAUGUUUACCCAGUCCCCUCAAACACCAGAGAAAAAUUUAACUCUUGAAGCGGCUGAGUUGCGAUCCAGUGCAUCCGUUCCUACAUGGACAGGCCUGAUUGGUUCCCCACAGCACUUGGCUCCUGCGCCAUCUACUACCGACUCUACUGUUGGCCGACAGCUCCACGUCUCAAACGAGCGGUCUCCUGCUCAACCUCCACGGCCUAACCCGUUGCGGCCACCAACUGAAGGUGAAAUACUCUUUGUUCUGCCUUCCAUCUCUUUACGAAUUACCACAGAUCAAAGACAAACAAUGGUUCAGCCUACCUUAUCCAGUCUUCCCCCUGUGAAGGUUGAAGUCGUCACGGAAUCACCACCUGAUCCUUCUGGUGAAGUGCCGAGCGCUACUACCAAGCCCGUUGCACCAGUUUCCAAAGGUGCUAAAAGUUGGAUCUAUAGGUAUCGGACCGGAUCGAACUCAGACUCAACUUCAAGGUACCAGAACAAAGCUGAGAAGGUGUCUACAGAGAGUUCCACUUCGAGAUCGACAGGGUUUGCACCCACUGUAAAAAUUAGCUUCCAAACUGACUUCCAUGGUUUUGUUCAACUGGGUCUUAUUGAUGUUCCCUGGCUUCCAACGCUGAUUAGUUCCUACCUGAACGAGCGUCUCCAAGACUACGAAUUGACCACCGUUGCACCCCCACCUACUAUCGGCCCUGGUAGUUUCAUUGACCGCGCAAUCGCAGCAUCGAAAACAGAAUUGACAAACCGACUUCGUGCGCUGUCAACCACCAGCUCACCAUUGGUGCAAGAUGCACGCUCGUAUGAAAUUGUUCACUGGUCUUUGAGCCCUGUUUGUCGUUGGCUUUUGGCGUCAAACAUUGGUGUUCCAGCCUUUGAUCGCCUGUUGGAAAGCGUAGGUUUUCGCAAAGCACGCGUCACUAUCCCCAAGUGGCUUCAGCGAGGGGUGAUGGAUCACCUCGACAACGCGACUUCUGUACUUCUUCGUGGUAGUCUAGAGCUAGCUGCUCGAGAUAUUGAACAAAUUUCUACUCUUGAGGAAUCUGUCCCGUCUCCCUCGAAACUUACUACUCAAAAGGAAUCCGUGGAACAGUCAUCGGUACCCGAUUCUUCCCGGCCUACUUUCAAUAUCGAUGAACCUUGACCUUUCCCUCCAUAUUCAUGUAGAGUCCUGUCUAUUUUUGUUUGUUUUUAUUCCACCUUUUUUGACUCAAAAUCAAUCGACGAAUUUUCUCAUGAUUUUGUUUUCCUGCUGCUGUAAAUACUGGCCAAUGUUGGCUAGAAUCACGUUGUCGAUCCAUGGAUCUUUAAACUUCCUACCUGUUUACCAAAACCACUUAUGUUGCUCUAUUCGUACUUCCCCAUUUUCCCAUUAAGCUGUUGCAUCGCUAUAAUGUCAAGUCCGUCGCCAUCCAUGCGUUUUUCUAUCCUGGCGUUCGUCAUCAUUUUCUUACUCAAGCCUUGAUUGCCUGAAGCGGCAACCACUGUCCACAAAUACUACAUAUUAUAAGGCACUGAACCAUCAGAAUCAACAAAGUAGUGGUUUCAAGUAGAACACAAGGUUGACA